AUGCCUAAAGGCACGAUACCAGAAUUUGUGCCCGGCACCGACUGGUCAACGUGGCUAGAGCGCCUGGAGUUCUGCUAUGAAGCCAACGACAUCGUCGAAUCUUUCAAGAAGCGAGCGGUUCUACUCACGCUGUGCGGUGAGCAGACCUACGAGACGCUGAGGGCCCUGGUUGCACCCCGGAAACCUUCUGAGGUGGAUUUGGUGGACAUCAUCAAGUUACUUAGCCAGUAUUUCGACCCCCGGCCUUCCGAGUUACAUGGACGAUAUCGCUUCCAGAAACGAGACCAGCUCGCUAAUGAAUUGGUCAAAGAUUAUGUGACAGCUCUGCGAACUUUGGCAAAGGAAUGCAACUUUGGCAACGCAGUCUCCACGACGGUGGGUCCUGAUACGUCGGGCGGAAGCGCGGAAGUCCAGUCUCAACCAGGGAGUACAAGGCUUCCUUUGGAAGGUAUGCUACGAGACAGAUUGGUAUGUGCGAUCCACGAUUCUCAUCUUCAGCAACGGUUGCUAGCUGAGGAUAAGCUAACAUUUAAGAAAGCGUACGAGCUCGUCUUGACUGCUGAAUCAGCAAAAGAUCAGCAGAGACAGAUUCAAAUCACUCAGCAGCAGGCCGAAAAUUUCGAUGUACAUCGUCAGAAUGUUCGCAAGUGCUCUACAAGCAAGGCGCUUCAGUGCUUCCGAUGUUUAGCCAAUCAUGAGGCCGACAAAUGUUACUUCAAGGAUGCUACGUGUAAUUUCUGCCGCAAAAAAGGGUCACAUCGCAAAAGCUUGCCUGUCGAAAAAACUAAACCACAGAAGUACCAAGGCAGCCAUCGUUUCGAGGAGGAUGAAGUUUUAGAGGAACAGGGAGGCGGCCUCCUUACUGUUUUUCACACGGGACUAGAGAUGACAACCACAGAUAGGUUCGUGGUGACAGUACGACUGUCUGGUCGGCCACUCAAGAUGGAAGUAGACUCGGGAGCAGCGUUUUCUAUAAUAAGUGGAGCGACGUUCGCUCGCCUCUGGCCUGACGAUGCCCCGGUGUUAAGAGAACGCAAGCUUGCUUUACGGACAUGA